AUGAAUAAUCCGAUUGUCUUGGUUUUGCUGAGCAGUGGUGCCUUAUUACUAACAGUUACUGGUAAUGGCAUGGAACAAAUGAUGACAGCAGAAGGACCGAUUAGUCCAAACUAUUGUAAUAGCAGUGACAUUCUUGAAGAAGCUGGUCUGAUAAAGUCAACACUUGGUCAGUUCCUUGGAUAUGAAUGUAGUGAAGAGUUUUAUCAUUGCAGAUGGCAAAGUGAUGGCUUCCGAACGUACCGAAAAAAGUGUAAACCAGGUCUUGUCUAUGAUGUUCUUGGCACUCAAAACUGUAACUACGACUACAAUGUGAAGAGUUGUGGAGUGAGAAGUGGAGGACCUGUUCAAUGCAAUGGAACCGAUUUCUACUGUUCUUUAUCCGAGCAAUGCGUGCCAAUGUCUUCGAGAUGUGAUGGGCAUUACGAUUGUUCGAUGGAAGAAGAUGAACAGAAUUGUCCACUAUGUACCGCUGGAGAGUUCGCCUGCAAAGUGUCCGAACAAUGUAUCUCACUUGAUAGAAGAUGCAAUGGUUUGAUUGAAUGUGACGAUGGAACUGAUGAGAGAGAUUGUGAUGUAUGCGGACAUGGUCUAUUCCACUGCGGUAAAAGUAAUGAAUGCAUCCCAAUGGAUGAGCGAUGCGAUGGAAGAAGACAAUGUCCACAUGGAGAAGAUGAAAUGCUUUGCAAGAAACCCGAGAUGGAGAAAAAGUUUACAUGCCAAUCGCGCGAUCAUGAAAUUCCGACGAAUCAAGUUUGCGACGGAGUGGCACAGUGCCCAGAUGCUUCCGAUGAAGCGUAUUGCGAGUAUCCAGGAUCACCAAAGUCUCAAGCGGCUAUAUCAUUCUCUUCCAACUUAACACCAGUAUCUGAAUCUCGUCCAGGACCACCUCCACCAGCGCCUGCUCCAGAGCCAGAAGAAACCGAAGAAGACUACGAAUACGAACAAAUCAAAGACGAAAAUGCGCCAGCUGCGUUCCCAAUGAUUUCUCUUGUUCCAUUACCACCAACAACCACGACAACGACUACAUAUAUCCCACCAACCACUCGAGUGAUCACAAGAGUUCCAGUAGCAGCAACAAGAGUUGCCAAGCCAGCGUUCAGUAGACCAAGACCAAAGCUUCCAUCGACAGAUGAUAAUAACCGACCAACAAUCAGUCAGAAGACAGUUCAAACCGUUGCCACAAAGAUUACCAGACCUCCAAAGAUCCUUGAAACCAGCCGUACCAGCCUCCGAACCACAUCCCAAACCCUUCCACCAACUCGACAAACCACGAAUUUCGAUAAAAAGAUGCCACAAGCGAUAGUUCAACCCCCUCGAUCUCCAAUUCUACCUCAACCAAAAGGAGAGAAAGUGUUCAUAAUGCAAGUCACUGCCUCUCCAUCAGUUCGACCACCUCUUCAAGAACUUCCAAGAGCUUCUUCCGGAUCUCGACCACUCACAAAAGCACUUCCAGUUAGAGUUCCAGCAGCAAACAAUGAAAAUAUUCUUGCACAAAUCACCAGUCAGUUGAAUGGUGGUAUGAGUCCAGAACUUCUAGCGAAAAUCGAAACGAUAAUAAAAUCAGAAAUGCAAGGUGGCGGACCACGUCACCGAAGGUUUCAGCCACGCCUUUGA